AUGCUGCCUGUGAUAUAUAAGGGAAACGUAAGAGAUGUAGAAGAAAAGGAUUUAGUCGUUCCAAAAAAGAAAUAUGACUCAGAUCGCCUCGGAGAAAAAUUUGAAAGAUACUGGUUAGAGGAAUAUGAAAAUGCAGUCCAGAACAGUAGAAAACCAUCACUAUGGAAGGCAUUACUACGUACUUUCUGGUUAGCAUAUAUGCCUGGAGCAUUACUUCUCCUUGUGAAUACUGCUACAAGGACCAUUCAGCCGUUAUUAUUUACUCAAUUAUUAUCAUACUGGUCUGCCGAUUCAACGAUAAGUGUUGAAGAAGCUGGAUACUAUGCUAUUGCGAUGAUAUGCCUCAAUUUCCUUGGCGUUCUCUGUCAGCAUCAUAAUGCUUUAUUCGUCAAUGGCUUCAGUUUAAGGGUAAAAGUAGCAGUUUCUUCACUGAUAUAUAGAAAGGUUUUACGUAUGAGUCAAGCCUCAUUGGGAGAAGUUGCAGCCGGAAAAUUAGUGAAUCUUUUAUCGAACGAUGUUGCCAGAUUUGAUUUUGCAUUUAUGUUUCUUCAUUACCUUUGGCUAGUCCCAAUACAGUUGACUGCCGUACUAAUAUUGUUAUAUUAUACUGCUGGGUUUGCACCAUACGUUGGACUAUUCGGUGUAUUUUUGCUUGUGGUCCCUGUUCAAGCUGGCCUAACGAAACUGACAUCAAUAGUUAGACGUACCACCGCUAAGAGGACUGAUAGGAGAAUAAAAUUGAUGAACGAAUUGAUAAACGGAAUUCAGGUAAUAAAAAUGUACGCAUGGGAGAAACCCUUCCGUUUGAUGGUCACAGAAGCCCGAGAAAAAGAAUUGAAAUCGCUUCAACGGUCCUUAUUUAUUCGCAGCGUUUUUGUGGGUUUCAUGUUGUUCACGGAGAGGAGUACGCUAUUCAUCACAUCACUUACGAUUGUGCUCUCUGGUUCUAUGCUGACAGCUACUCUGAUAUAUCCAAUUCAACAAUUUUUCAGUAUAGUACAAAUGAAUUUGACUUUCAUUUUACCAAUAGCAAUAGCAAGUUUAUCGGAAAUGUUUGUUGCCUUAGAACGUAUUCAAAGUGUUCUUGUGAUGGAGGAACGAGAUGACUUAAAAGUUCUUAAAAGUAUUAAUAAAAAUAUAAAUCCUGUAAAUUUUAAUGGCAAAAUGAACUCUAAUAUUGGAAACUACGUAAUUGGAAAGAAAUAUUCCUCGAAGGAAAAUGACGUACCAAGACUUUCGAUUGAUCUUCAACCAAAAUCACGAAAUUCAGUGUCUAGCGAUUUUGCUGUAGAACUAUGUGGAGUAAGUGCAUCAUGGACCAAUAUCACAGAGCAAAUGACACUUAAGAACAUAUCGAUGCGUCUACGUAAAGGCAAACUUUGCGCUAUCAUUGGGCCAGUAGGUAGUGGGAAAUCGUCCUUAAUGCAGGUCUUGUUGAAAGAGUUUUCUAUUUGUGAAGGAAGUGUUAAUGUAAGUGGAAGACUAUCUUACGCUUGUCAAGAGUCAUGGUUGUUCCCUGCGACAGUACGUGAUAAUAUUUUGUUCGGUUUACCUUAUAACGCGCCAAAGUAUAAGGAGGUAUGCAAAGUUUGUUGUCUGUUGCCUGAUUUUAAGCAAUUCCCUUAUGGUGAUUUAUCGCUUGUUGGAGAACGUGGAGUUUCACUUUCGGGAGGGCAAAAAGCAAGAAUUAACCUAGCUAGAGCGGUAUAUAGAGACGCUGACAUUUAUUUACUUGAUGAUCCCCUAUCAGCCGUGGACGCAAAUGUUGGACGGCAAUUAUUCGAAGAAUGCAUAAACGGUUAUCUACAAGGAAGUACACGUAUUCUAGUUACACAUCAGAUACACUUCCUAAAAGCUGCAGAUUAUAUUGUUAUACUGAACGAGGGUUUUAUUGAAAAUAUGGGAACAUAUGAUGAAUUAGUUAAAUCGGAAAAAGAGUUUUCAUUAUUGCUAUCUAGCCUUAGUGAAGGAAGUAAUAAGACAGAGGAUGGCAAUGAAAAGACUGAGCGUCCGUCGAUGCAUCGCGGAAUAUCUGGAAUAUCAGUUAAAAGUGAUGAAGAUCCUAGGAUUGAAAGGAAACAGAUUCUAGAAGCGGAGGAGAGAGCUAAAGGAGGGUUGAAGUGGGCCGUAAUUUCAAACUACGCAAGUUCAGUUAAAUCUCUAUGGGCUGUGGCUUUUGCAAUUUUCACACUCAUGUUAACACAAGCGUCUGCUACGUCAGCCGAUUACUGGCUGAGCUUUUGGACAAAUCAGGUUGAUUCAUAUGAACAAUCCUUGCCUGACGGCAUUGAACCCGAUCCUAGUUUGGACACACAGGUCGGAAUUUUAACAACUGGGCAAUAUCUAAUAAUUUAUGGCAGCAUAAUUCUGUUCAUUAUCAUCAUCACGCAAUUACGAAUCAUAUCUUUCGUGACUAUGACUACACGCGCCUCAAAAAACCUUCAUAAUUCUGUGUUUAAGAAUUUAAUUAGUUCGGUCAUGCGGUUUUUUGAUAUAAAUCCCUCUGGUCGAAUUUUAAAUCGAUUCUCAAAAGAUAUGGGUGCUAUGGAUGAAUUACUACCUCGUAGUAUCUUAGAAACUUUACAAAUGUAUUUAUCAGUAAUAAGCAUUCUUGUGCUUAAUGCUUUAGCACUUCCUUGGACUCUCAUACCAACAUUGAUAUUAUUGAUAAUAUUCCUCUUCCUAUUGAAAUGUUACUUAGCAGCGGCGCAAGCAGUGAGAAGAUUAGAGGGCACAACAAAAAGUCCAGUGUUCAGUAUGAUAAAUUCUACAAUUGCUGGACUACCUACGAUCCGAAGCUCCAAUUCUCAACAACGGCUACUAACUAUGUUUGAUGAAGCGCAGGAUCUUAAUUCAAGCGCUUUUUAUACAUACUUGGGAGGUUCUGCCGCAUUUGGUUUAUACCUGGAUAUUCUGUGUCUUAUAUAUCUUGGAACAAUCAUAACAAUUUUUCUUUUAUUCGAUUUUGGUGAUAUCAUACCCGUGGGAAGCGUUGGUUUAGCAGUGAGUCAAUCUAUGGUACUUACUAUGGUGCUACAAAUGGCUGCUCGAAUCACAGCUGAUCUUUUAGGACAAAUGACUUCAGUCGAGAGAGUGCUUGAAUAUUCUAAGCUACAAAUUGAGGAGAACAUGGAAACUGGGCCCACAACCACACCACAAGAUUGGCCUUCAGAAGGUAGAAUAGAAUUUGAUAAUGUGUGCAUGAAAUAUAAUCCCGAUGAUCCGUAUGUGUUGAAAAAUUUGACCUUCGUAUUAGAAAGCGGUUGGAAAGUAGGUGUAGUAGGUAGAACGGGAGCUGGCAAAUCUUCAUUAAUAUCAGCACUAUUUCGUUUGUAUGAUAUAGAAGGCAUUAUUAAAAUCGAUGGCAUUGACACGGCUGGAAUUGCUAAAGCGAAUUUGAGAUCGCAAAUUUCCAUUAUUCCUCAAGAACCAGUUCUAUUUUCUGCAUCGCUGAGGUACAAUUUGGAUCCAUUCAAUAAUUACAACGACGAUGAAAUUUGGAGAGCGUUAGAGCAGGUUGAACUUAAAGAAGCGAUUCCUGCUCUUGACUUUAAGGUUUCGGAAGGUGGUGCUAAUUUUUCGGUUGGCCAGCGUCAACUGGUGUGUUUAGCAAGAGCAAUACUACGUUCCAAUAAACUUCUUGUUAUGGAUGAGGCGACUGCUAACGUAGAUCCUCAAACUGACGGCUUGAUACAAAAGACGAUUCGGCGCGAAUUUGCAACGUGUACGGUGAUCACUAUUGCCCAUCGACUCAACACCAUCAUGGAUUCAGACCGAGUACUAGUAAUGGAUGAAGGCGAAGUCAUUGAAUUUGAUUAUCCAUAUCGUCUUUUAUUGAAUCCAAAUAGUAAAUUCAGUUCUAUGGUCAGGGAGACUGGUGAUAAAAUGAACAACUCUUUAUUAGAAAUAGCUAAAGCGAAGUACUUUAGUCUGAAUCAAGAAUAA